AACACACAGUCACACACACACACACACAGAGAAAGUGAUUAACCGGAGAAGCAAAAGAAAAAGAGAGAAGAAAGUGAAAGGGUAGAGCCACAAAGAAAAGGUCGAGAGUCGAGAAAAUGCUGAUUCAAGCUCCAACCCCGUCUCCCACUUCCACUUCCACUUUUCUCAUCCACCAACCAUUAUUCCCGCGCUCCGCUUCUUUAAACGUUUCUCGAGUGAAUGGAGUGAUGAACACGUGGUCUUCAAGGCGGGAACUGAGUCGGCGAAUUGUGGUUUCCGCUGCUGACGACCAAAGUAACUCAACCGCCAAUUCCGAGCGGAAAAGAAAAGUUGUGGAACAUAUAUGUCUGCUCAAAACCAAGGAGAAUUUAACUGAUGAGGAAGAGAAGGAUAUGUUGGAUUAUCUCUAUACAACCCAAUAUCAAAUGAGAGGCAUUGUUGCAAUAUCAUUAGGACGUAUCUCAGAAGAAAAUCUUGAAAAUUACACCCAUGCUGUCUACAUGCGUUUCCAAAUAAAAGAAGAUCUUGCAAAGUUUUAUGAGAACCCUUUCUACUUGGGAGUUCUCAAAAAGCAUGUUAUGCCUUACUGUCAUGGUCUAAUCAAUGUGGAUUACGAAGCUGAAGUAGAAGAUGAUAUCCUUCCCAUCUUUAGGAAAGGAGAGGAGUUCAAUUAUGGUGUAGAGUUUGUGCUUUUGAUUUCAUUUGUUGAUAAUGCAUUUGGUGUACCUGUACAACAUGCAUUGGCUUCUCUGGCGAGGCUGACACAUGGAUUUCCGUCAUUAAUUGUCCAAUCUACUCAAGGUUUGAAUUGUAAUCCCAGCAAUAAGGAAUUUACACAUGGAGUAGUGAUACGAUUUCGGUCCCUCGAGGCCUUUGAGAUAUUUGUGGGCAGCUCAGAAUACAAAGAAAUGUGGAGGUCUGAGUUCCAGCCAAUCACCCAGAAAACACUUUCUAUUCAUUUUUCUGUUGAUCCACUGGGCACUGAGAUCAUGUAGCAAGCAUCCUUCACGGUAUUGAAAAGACAUUCUUGCUCGGUUUGUUUUACUUUCUAAGAGUACAUGUACAGGACCAGCUCUUCUAAACUCUGAUAGGAAAGCAAUCUGUUGGAUGAUACUUCGAACCCAAUUUAGUACCAUUCUUGGAGAAUGCUGGAGAAAAGGGUGUACCAUCAGGAAGAUAUCUCCCUUUUUCUUUUAUCUUUUAUUCUUCUUCUUGUAAAGAUUUUUUUUUUUUUUUUAAUAAAUUUAUAAAUCAUGGGACACACAUUUCUGUAUUGGGGCCCCUCUGACUGAUCAUUCUGAUCUGUCCUAGUGUAGAUCCUUGAUUGCUAACCUUCAUCUUCUAUGUGAUUCUCCUAUAUAAGGAAAAUAUAUUUUAUAUAUGCAGUUGCAUAUUAUUAAGACCUUUCA